CCAACAUACCCACGCACUCCCACCCAGCACAAUGAAAUUCGCCAGCUCCGUCGUUGCCGUCGUCUCGCUUCUCUCCGCGGCUUGGGCCAUGCCGACAAACUCAAACUAUACCAACAAACUACCCACAUGCGGCGCGAACGAAUGCCUGACAGACGGAUACUUUGACGGCUGCGCGCCCGGAAACCUCGUCUGCCUUUGCAACUUGGACCAACCAGAAGUGGAUCGCUAUGUCAAAACUGUACAGCCAUGCCUCGACGGCCCACCAGGCAAAGCCAGCUGCACAGCCGGAGCUGUUGCCAACUACAAACAGUUGCUCACGUCCGUUUGCUGGAAGCCCGAGUACGGCAGCCUGAACAAGACGGUCGUGUGGGCGCCAACACCAGAGUCGACAACGUAACCAGCCACCAUUCACGAUCACACGUUUUUAUGAAACAACAAUCACCACCGCACGCCGCAUAUGUAAUGGAUAAUGCACACUCCUUUGAUGUUGUAUUGACUUUUUUUUAUUCAUCGUUAGCCUUUCUUACCCUCUCUUGGGAACCGUCAUUUUUCAAGGCGCAAUCUACGGUAGAUUGCUCCAAGGUGCAUGCGAGAGGAGUUGGUGACACUGGCGUUCAAAAUUCAAUUUUUUUUGGGGGGUUCCUGGUCUGCCCGAAGCUGCUGGCUCGCCGGAGAUAUGUUUGCGAUUCAACGCCUCGAUUUCUCAAUCGGAACUUGAGAGAUUCACUGCUUAUACAGCAAUUC